AACAGCCAAAUUCGUGCUGAAAGCCCUUCUAAGCAUAGCAAUCGGCUUAUUUCUGGCCAUGGUUGAAGAAUUGAAGCUCAAAAUCAUGGCGAUUCUUCAUAAAAUACCUUUCUUACAACUACGAUCUACUGCCUCGAUCGAUUACUAUUCCGGCGAAAUCCAAUACAAUGAAUUUGCCGGUUCAGUCAGCGGAGGCGUAUCCGGGGCUAGCCAUAUCCUUAUGAUGCAUGGUACGUCGUCUUGUCUAGUUUCAAUUCCGAUUAAAGCUGUUAUAGCGUCGAUCAAAUGGAGAUUAGCAGUGAUGGAGUACGGAGAAUUUCUGGUGAAGAACGAGAUCGAAGAAGAAGAAGUGAAUAGAGGAUGCGUAGUUUGUUGGGAGCGGAUUGAGAAGAGGGAUGAGAUUAGAGAGAUGGUGAAUUGUAAGCAUGUUUUUCAUAGAGAUUGUUUGGACAGGUGGUUAGAUGAAGGUCAUAUUACUUGUCCUCUUUGUAGAUCUUCGUUGAUUCCUCCAAAUACAAAUCCGUUGAAAAUUGUUGGAGAUUUGAAUCUGAAUCAUGAGUUUCGACAGGAAAUAUUUGAUGUAGAAACAGAUUUUAUAUCUGUUCAAGAUAUUGAGUAAAU